AUGCGUCUGACGCUUGUUCUCGCAGCAUUAGCUGUAGCGGUGGUGGCACUGCCCUCCAAACUUCGAACGGAUCUACCAGAGCCAGGACAACUGGCUUUUGUUCUUAACGAAGAUGAGUUUGAAGACUACCUCGAUGCCUAUCUCGCUCUUCAACAAUCUGAAAUGCUCGCCAAUCAAACCAGGAAUGAUUUCCGAAGCGGUUGCACAUUCCGAGUCAACGGUGAUCUUGGUCAGCCUCAACCUGUAUAUAUCCACAGAGGAAAUUAUUUAAGUCCAACUGGUAAUACAGGUCAGAUUCGUCUUAAUCGUGGGGAACAAGUUCUUAUCGCUUGCACAGGAUCCGGCCGUACGAUCCGUCACCCCAAUGUUGCUUCUAACCUUGCUGUCGGGACGGUCAGCUGUCAAAACAAUAAUCUCGUCACAGCCAAUUGGCUGCGUGGUAACAGUGCUUUCGGGCAACUCACAUGCUCUUCUCACGCUCACCAUGACGCUCAACAAACCAACACUAGAUGCUUCAAUAAUCACUUUGUUAUUCGUGUGGGAUUCAUCGUCAACAAUGUAUUUUAUCCUCUAUACUGGUCCUGCUUUGACCGCAACCGCUUAGAGGUUCUAUAUGUAUGGUACCACCAAAACCCACCUAAUUCCGUAUUCCAGUCUCGCGUUGAUAGGCCUAGUUGGAUAGCUGGAAACUUCUUCCCCGGUGUAGCUGUUAACUCUGCCUAUACUCAAGUAUCUCAAAGAAACAUGAUCGCUGGAUUCGUGGGAAAUGCCCUCGCAGACAGAUAUAUAACGUCCACGCAGUUCUUAGCACGGGGUCAUCUUGCUGCUAAGACUGACUUUAUAUAUGCAACCGGUCAACGUGCUAGCUUCUACUUUAUUAACGCUGCUCCUCAAUGGCAGCCUUUCAACGCUGGAAACUGGAACCGGCUCGAGCAGAAUCUUCGUCGUAGAAUUGGACAGGCUGGAUAUCAUACCAUGGUCUACACUGGAACAUUCCGCGUAACACAACUUAGAAAUCAAAACAACCGACUUGUUGAUAUUUUCUUGCAUCGUGCAUCCAACGGCGCUCUUCAAAUUCCUGUACCACUUUAUUUCUACAAGGUGGUGCAUGACUCCUCUCGUCGCCUCGGUACCGCCUUUAUCAGUAUCAACAAUCCUUACUACACCCAAGCGGAGGCUCGCAAUCUGCAGUUCUGCACAGACCGUUGCCGCAAUAACAACGCAUUCAACUGGGUGGGGUGGCAACCUGAUCGCAUCGACCUCGGCUAUAGCUUCUGCUGUACCAUUGCUGAUUUCCGAAGAACUAUUCCGCACCUUCCAGCUUUCAAUGUUAACGGACUUCUGACAGUUAUUUCCUGGCACAUAGAACUUCCGGAGCCAAGCCGUUUCGCAUUUGAUCUCAAUGAAGACGAUUUUGAAGACUAUCUGGACUCGUGGUUAGAAAUAGAAGAAAGAAAGUGGCAAAUUAAUGACAGGGCUACUUCUGCAACAGGCUGCGCAUUUAGAGUCAAUGGGGAUCUUGGCGAACCCCAGCCGGUGUAUCUCCGAGGUAGCAAUUACAUAAUUCCAACAGGAACAACAGGUCAGAUCCAUCUGAGUGUUGGAGAACAAAUAUUUGUCACAUGUACAGGGACUAAAAGAGUUAUUCAACAUCCUAACGUUACUUCGUCAACUAGCUCUGGUUUCGCCACUUGCGUCAGCAAUACGCUAGUUUCUGGUAACGACUGGUUUCAUGGCCACAGUGAAUUUAGAAACAUCACAUGCUCAGGUCAUUCACGGUAUGAAGCUCAGGCUACAUCGGAAACAUGCUAUGGAAAUAAUACCGUUAUCAGGGUUGGUUUCGUUAUAAACAAUUUUUUCUAUCCAUUGUACUGGUCAUGCUUUGACCAGAACCGCCUGGAGGUUUUAUAUGCGUGGUACGAGCAGAAUCCCCCAAAUGCAGUUCACCAAACAGGAGUUACCAGACCUAGCUGGUUAGCUGGAGGUUUUUUCCCUGGGGUCUCCGUCAAUACAAUGUACACGCAAGCUCAACAAAAAACUACACUAGCGUCCCUCGUGGGUACAGAACUUGCUGGCAAAUACAUUACAAAUUCACAACACAUGGCCCGUGGCCACCUCGCCGCGAAAACUGACUUCAUUUUUGCUACUGGUCAGCGAGCCACGUUUUUUUUCAUCAAUGUCGCCCCUCAAUGGCAACCAUUUAAUGCGGGUAACUGGAAUUCGCUUGAACAGAAACUCCGUGCACGCAUUGGUGAAGCAGGAUAUAACACUACUGUUUACACGGGAACCUUCGGCGUAACCCAACUACGGGACCAAAAUAACCAACUUGUUGAUAUUUACCUUUACCGAGACACUAACAAUAACCCUCAGAUACCUGUUCCGUUGUACUUUUACAAAGUUGUGUAUGAGCCUGUCCUACAAAAGGGCACAGCUUUUGUGGCGAUAAACAACCCGUACUACACUGAAACUGAAGUACGCACCUUGCAAUUCUGCACUGACCACUGCCGCAACAACACCGCGUUCAACUGGAUUGGCUGGCAACCAGAUCGAAUCGACAUCGGGUACAGCUUCUGCUGUACCAUCGAAGACUUCAGACGGGCUGUGCCGCAUUUGCCAGACUUUAAUGUUACCGGGCUUUUGUACUGACAUUUUAAAGUUUUCAAAUCACAAAAAAAUCAA